AUGGGAGUCCCAGAGCAGCUCAAUGGCACAGCCAAUGGCAAGUCUAAGGACUCGUUGUCAAAGCAAUACGGUGGCGUUCAUGCCGGAGGAUGGGUGGACUAUCUCCCUUCAUAUUUCGUCCCGUACAUCCAGCUCUGUCGUCUGAGCCCCCCGGCCGCCUUCUUCAUCAUCUUCUUCCCUCAUUUCUUCGGCGUGAUCCACGCUGCUAGCGUCCAGAAGUCUUCCGUCGAAGAAGUCCUGCGUGUCUCCCUCAUUCUGCUGGGUGGAAGCUUCUUCUGCAACAAUGCCAGCCACGCCUGGAACGACCUCAUUGAUGCUCCCGUUGACAAGCUGGUCGCGCGCACUUGCACACGGCCCAUCCCCCGUGGAGCCAUCUCGCUCACCGCCGCUUUCAUCUUCACCUGCAUCCAGGCCGCCAUCGCUGCUUCUUUCCUCCUACUUCUUCCCAGCAGCAUCGCCCUGGCUGCUGUGCCCAACAUCUUCGGCACUACUUACUACCCCUUCGCCAAAAGACACACCCAUUUCCCGCAGGUGGUGCUGGGAUUCUGUCUGACGUGGGGUAUCAUGAUUGGAAGCGCGGCCAUGGGUGUGCCCGAGCCGUGGGCCGACAAAUCUACCCUGUCCCUGUUCGUGGCCUCGUCCUUGUGGGUGAUCAUCUUUGACACGGUCUACGCCCACCAGGAUCUGGAGGACGACCUGAGAGUCGGCGUGAAGAGCACCGCGGUUCUCCUGCAGAGCUACGCGCGUCUGUUCCUGGUCGUCUUGUUCCUCGGCAUGAGUGCGUGUCUCUUUGCUUGCGGGUACUACUCCAACAUGAGCAUGGCCUUCUUUUCCGUCACCGUGGGUGGCUGCUUCCUGUCCGUAGGCGCGAUGGUCUUCUUCGUUGAUCUCAAGGACCCCGCGAGCUGCUGGUCGUGGUUCUCGCAGGGCUUCUGGAUGACCGGCGUUGCCAUCUCGGGUGGGUUGCUGGCUGAGUAUGUCUAUGCCGCGAACGGAAGUCUGUGGUAA